AUGCCGAUCACUCACCUUGCUCCGACACCUCAGUCUCACGAUGGUUUGUACUACGCGACAAACAGUCCGUAUCAGUUGAACGGACCGAGAGGUUUCACGGAGUUUAGGUAUCUGGAAGAGACGACGGAUCUGUUCGUGAGGCUCGACUUCCCUGGAAUCAUCAAAGAGAGCGUCAAAAUCCUUCUCGAGCCUUCGAAAAAAGCAGUCAUCGUCAUCGGAGACGCACCGAAAGAACACGGACACGACUCGUCGGGACGGAAAUACGGAACCGCAACGGGUCUUGUCUGUGACUGUUGUCAGAUAAGCAACGUUCAGUGUUUCGUCGGAGAUGGUGUCGUCAGGCUUAUCCUCUCAAAGAAGAAGAUCAAUCUUCACUCUCCUUCCUCCUGCGGUUCCAACUCAUUUGGAGAAGGUCCAAGAAUGGCGAAUAAUUUGGUUGCUAACCUUUGUGCUCUUGCUCGAGUACUUCGUGAGCAUUACCCAGAAGAUAACACAGGAGGAAGUAACCCGCAAGACACAGGCGCAAGUGCCCAUCCUCUUGCUCAUCUUCGUGGACUUAACCCACAAGGUCGCCGCGGCACUGACCCACUCGAUCCGGCGUACACUGGUCCGGUCAUCAUACCGCACCCGUCGGUGUUGGAGGGACCAAACACGGCCUACGAGACAAAGCGGCUCCAAAACGGCGGUCUGUUUCUGCGUAUUGACAUGCCCGGAGUCCCCAGGGAGAAUUUCACGGUGGAGGUGGAAGGCGGCAUCGUCACCGUCAUCGGUCUUGCUCCUCCGGCGAUGUAUGACUCGAGCGGCCGUUAUUACGGAGGCAAGGUGGCCGUCUUGCCGAGAGGCUAUGACAACCGUCUGAUCAGAAAGAUCACCAAGCACGGUGUGCUCCGCCUCAUCUUCCCUUCCCCUUAA